UCGGGCUAUAAGCUCCUGAUAGCUACUGAAUCCAUGGCAUAUAGGUCACUGCUACCAGUCCCGUUUCUUUCCUCGCCUAUCUCUGAGCCUCCUGAAUUGUUCCUGCGUCCGCCGCAAUGGCUCCGAUGCCAGAGCUCUACCCUACCCUAAAUCAUGUCCACGAUCUCGAAGCUGCGGGGAUACAAGAUCUUCAGCAGAUCAUCCAGACUUUCCCUAUCAUCGACAAUCAUGCGCACAACAUGUUGACCGAGGAAAAUGCCUAUGGCGGCGCAGACUACCCGUUCGAGUGCAUAACGUCGGAGGCGCAUGGACAUGCCUUGACAGAUCAUGUCCACACGAGUCUGGCGCAUAUGCGCGGAAUAAAGCACUUGGCCGAGUUCUAUAAGUGUCCUGAGACCCUACAAGAUGUCAAGGCUUCGAGGUACGAGUGGAUAAGAAGGGACUAUCCGGGCUUGAUCAAAAAAUGCUUCGAGGGCACACACGCGAUCAUGAUGGACGACGGGCUGGCCCCAGAGAUAAUCCACCCUUUCAAGUGGCAUAGACAGUUCGUUCCCACGGUCUCCAGAAUCGUGCGGAUCGAAGCUGUUGCUGCCGAGUUGCUUGAACAUCUGGCUCAUGCUGCCGGUUUUAUGAGAGUUGGCCUUGACGCCGAUUGGGAUAUCAAUCAGACGGAAAGCUUUCUUGUCCGCUUCAACACAGUUUUCCGCAAUCAGAUCCGUACAUUGGCGAAUGAUCCCGACGUACGAGGGUUCAAGUCUGUCGUCUGCUACCGAACAGGUCUUGAUGUUACCCUGGAAAGCAGGACAAACUUUCGUCCUCAUCAGUCGCUGACCGAUUCGGUCCUUCUGCAGUCCUUUCAUCAUUUCCUGCAGAAAGCUGUGCGCGACCACAAAUAUCGCAUUGAGCAGAAAGAAGUCAACGAUUUCUUGGUUGUCGCAGUAUGCGAUGUCUUGGAGAAACUUGUAGACACGGACGGCGAGAAUCUACCCUUCCAGUUCCAUACUGGACUGGGCGAUAACGAUAUCGAUCUUAUCAAAGCCAACCCAGCUUACAUGCAACCCCUGAUUGAAGCUUUCCCACAAGUCGACUUCGUCAUCCUUCAUUCUUCCUACCCUUAUACGAGAGAAGCCGGCUAUUUGGCUGCUAACUUCGCCAAUGCGUGGCUUGAUAUCGGCGAAGUGUUUCCCAUGCUCUCCAGAGAUGGGGAGGAAUCGGUCCUACGACAGGCUCUUGAGUUGACCCCAAGUUCGAAAAUCUUAUGGAGCACAGAUGGACACUUUUAUCCCGAGACUUAUUGGCUUGCCAAUAAACAUUUCCGAGAAGCAUUGGAGAAAUUGUUGACUUCCUACGUUGCCGCCGGGGACAUCAGCGUCCCACAGGCGAUAGAUAUUGCGGUCGAUAUCAUGUUCUGGAACUCAAAUACGUUAUACAAGCUAGAUGAGGAACGCAGAUUCCCAGAACUUCUCCGAGCGUGUGGCAGAGAGCCUGUCGACAGUAUGAGGACUUUGGUUAAUGGAAGUUCCAAGGCUCCUUCCCUCCGGUCUACCGCUAGCACUGCUGUCGCAACUCCGGGAAUUCCAACGGCACGACCGGGACCCUCUGCGCCCACCGACAUUCUUCCAACCACAAGUCAGACCAUUGCUUUGCGAUCGGGAAGUGCAAGUGCGCCCUCUGGCCAGAGCGCAACUGCCGUCUAUGCCCAGCAUUUGACAGCUUUUGACGCCUUUCUACAAACUAAUGCUGGCAUCAAGUAUAUAUGGGUGCAACAUAUGGACUACACGGGGACGCUGCGCGUCCGAAUGGUCACGACCCAACAAUUUCGGAAGCAACUUGCCACAGGCCACAACAUGAUCUGCAGUGCUGCCCUGACACGCCUUCUGCAGGAUGACUUCGGAGCGACUGGUGCUUCGUCCACAGGAGCUUUCGUGCUUGCGCCAGACCUCUCGACACUCUCACUCAACAAGGGUAUCUCAUCACCCUCCGCCACAGUCCAGACUUGGUGGAUGGUAGAAACAGAAGACAACCUGGCACAUUGGGAUCGUUGUCCACGAUGGCUUCUACAGUCACAAUGCGAUGCAUUGAAGUCCGAGUUCAAUAUUUCAAUGUUGCUUGGCUUCGAAUUGGAAAUCAUAUUUAUGAGACCGAUCUGGAACGAGGAUAAAUCCGAUUUUGUUGAUUUUGCACCUCUGCACAUGGUGCACUCCUGGAGUAACAUGACAUACCAGCAGCUCGACAUGCUGAAUAUCGUCGAAGAGAUAGUGGAGCUGCUAGCCGAACUCGACAUACACCUUCCUCAAUUCCAUUCCGAAGCGGCACCAGGACAAUGGGAGUUUCCUCUGCCCGCACUUGAGCCGGUCAAGGCGGUGGACACCCUGUUCAAGACGAAAGACGUGAUCCGAAACGUCGCGAAGAAGCAUGGCCUAAAGGCUACUUGCUACCCGCGCCCCUUUUCAUUUACCUGCGGCAGCGCCAACCACGCACACUUCAGCAUCAACGGGCCCGGCAACAUAGUGGAGAAGUACGACGCGCCAUUCCUUGCGGGCGUGCUCGAGCAUCUCCCUGCCAUCCUCGCCUUUACCCUGCCGAUCGAAGAGUCGUACGCGAGAGUGUCACAAGGAAUUUGGGCCGGCGGCGAGUACGUCUGCUGGGGCUACGAAAACAAGGAAGUGCCGCUGCGCAAGUGCGGGCCUGGUCACUACGAGCUCAAGACCAUUGACGGGAUCGGUAAUUCGUAUCUGUCCAUGGCCGCGCUAUUGGCCGCGGGCCUGCACGGCGUUCGUCAGGACCUCAAGCUCGAGCAUAAAGACUGCGCGGGCGAUCCGACGCAUAUUGGCGAGGAAGAGAGGCAGAAAUUGGGGAUUACCACAAAACUGCCCGAUUCUCUGGACAAGAGUCUGAAAGCGCUCGAUAAGGAUAGGAUCCUUAGGCGGAGCCUGGGCUAUGCCGCAGUGGAUGACUACCUUGCUGUCACGCAGAGUUUGAUGGAAAAGCUGAGAGGUUUCGGCGAUGAAAAGAGAAGGGUAUGGUUGAUGGCGCGGUAUUAAUCGAACUUGUCGAGCGCGGCGCUGAGCGUAAGACGGGCAAAGAGUGCGUCUUACUGUAUUAACCUACUGGUGAGCGUUGGGAUAUGUGCUUGGUGCUUGGUGCUUGGUGCUUGGUUCGGACCUGGCUGUGACAUACAAGGAAUUUGGGUUUUCAAGAUGGAG